AUGUUUUCUCCUCUAAAUUUGCCAUAUAAAAGACCAAAGAUAGUAGAUGUUGCUAAAAGUGUCUAUGAUAUUUCAGGACGAGUGUAAACAAGUGAUAACUACUAGAAGUAAAUACAAAUCAAAGUACUUAUUAAAACUACUGCUAACAAUGAUGAAGUUUCUGAAACAGAAAGCUUUGGAAUAGUGAAAGUUUCUUUUUUCCAAAAUUUAAGCAUAGGUAUUAGCAUAAAAACUGCUGCAAGUAAUCUAAUAAAUGUAGCUAAUAAAGUAUCAAACUCUCCAUAUUAAAGGGCAGCAGAAGAUAAAACCAUACCCAAGCUCUAGCAAAACAUAGCUGCCAUAGCAUUAAGAACUCCUUGA